AUGUCACACGGUGAACGUAAAGGACGCAUAAAUUUGGUGAAAUUUUUGGAAUUGGGCUUUUCAGUUGCUUGUCUGGUCUUGCAUUAUUACAGUUUUGAUGAUCGUGAUAUAUUGGCGUCAUUAUUGGCUACCGGUACAUUUGCCGGCUACAUUGUUGUGCUCUUUGGAGUAUUUGUGGGUACCUUAAUGCGUGCCUCUAUUCACCGAAGAAUCGACAUAUUUUUCAGUAUCAUGGGCUGUGCCUUAUUUAUAGCAUCCGGUGUAUUUGUCAUAGAGGCCUGGGAACAUUCAUUUCGUACGCGUACCCGCGAUUUAGCUUUAAUAAAAGCUUCGUUGGCGAUCGUCAAUGGCGUACUAUUCGGGUUUGAUGCAAUCUUUACUUUUCGCGAUAAAUAAUGUUUAAUAGUAAUAAGUUAAAACUAUUAUAAUGAUAAUAAAUAAUAAUAUUUUCUAUAUAAUGUAUUAUUUUGCAUUUAAGACGAUAUUUUUUUUAUUAUUCUAACUUCUAAACUAAGUUUUGUAAGAAAGUUUUUGUUCUUCCUUUUUAUUUCUAUGCGUCGCAAUAAAGUGUGUAUUUUUUAUUUAA